AUGGAGAAGAAUAUGAAGGUUUCUGCGGUGGAGGAGAGGUUGAUGGGGAUGGAGGUGGAGAGGAGGAGGAGGACGGUGCUGUGGAGGUUUUACGGCAACGUUUUCAACCUGUGGAUGCACCAGGAGCCCGAGAGUUUAUGUAACGAUAAGGUGCAUUUGUAUGUCAUGAAUCCCAAAAUAUCAGAUUUUGGAUUGGCAAGAGCAUUUGAAAUAGGACAGAAACAGGCAAAGACAAAACGAGUAAUGGGCACCUACGGAUACAUGGCUCCAGAGUAUGUUAUGCAAGGACUGUUUUCAGUGAAAUCUGAUGUUUUCAGCUUUGGAGUUCUUGUUCUAGAGAUCAUUUAUGGGAGAAAGAACAAUGGAUUGUAUAUGUCAGAACAUGGUCAAACUCUUCUUUUAUAUGCUUGGAGAACAUGGGGUGCAGGAAAAUGUUUGGAAACGAUUGACCCAAUGCUAGAAAAGUCCUUCUUACGCAGUGAAGUUGAGAGGUGUAUACACAUUGGUUUAUUGUGUGUUCAAGAAGAUGCAAAAGAUAGACCAACAAUGUCUCAGGUUGUUUUAAUGCUGGCAAGUGAUACAAUGAUUCUUCCAAAACCCAAGCACCCUGCAUUCUCAAUUGGAAUAAUGGCCUCUGAGGAAGUUUAUACAUCAAAAAGUUUCAAGAAUGUUUCUAAUAAUGAUCUAACUGUCUCUGUUUCUUUACCAAGGUGAUGAACAAUUGAAUAUAGGAUUUGACAGUUCUCAAAUGUA